CUGGUGCUUGUAAAACUCCCUUGAGGGCUGAGCAGUGACUAGUGAUGGGGAGGAAGGCAUCUGCCUGGCAGGGCCCUACUGUAGCCCCACCUGAAUGAACCCUUUGGGAUUUACACGUGUAACCCAUUUCUGCCUCCGCCUCCAUCCAUGCUCUCACUUCCUCUUCUCUCUCCAGCUCUGACUCAGGAGCCCUGCAAUGUUGGGUUGGCUUCUCUGGCUCUGUUACUGGGGAGAGAAAUGUCCUGUUCACAGUUUUAAAAAGAGCGGGGCACACAGCAGGGAGCAAUCUGCCAGGUGUCCCGGGGUCUAGGUAAGGCCUAGCACCUGUUUGGCUGUCCCCCGAAUCCCAUCAGCACUAGACUGACACCUGUCAACUCAGUCGCACAGGACAGCUGUUUGAGUUGUAUCUCUUGCCCUCUCAAGACUUUUUUCAAUGAGAAAUUGUCCUUGCAUUGCUCUGAUUUCAGGGGCAUAGGCCUGGUUCUCUUUCAAGAGACAAGAGGGCGGAUGCUGAAGGUGCAGAAGAGCAGCACUUGAGCAGGGUUUACCCAUCGCUCAUGGCAUCCGAGGCCACCUGACCCCUGUGUGAGUUGGAGAGUGUCAGAGCAGAGCCACAGCCAAGCCUGCUUUCCCUGCCCUGCACCGCUGGACUUCAUAGAGAAGCACCCAUGAGAGUUGGGCCAGGGGGACUGAGCGAGUCCUGCCCCCAGAAGUCAGGAGUUGCUCCACUCUCUUCUAGCCCAGGCUCAGGGUGGGGAGCGGGGUUGCAGCCCUGAGCUUGGCAUGUCAGCUCAGAGGUUCAUAUUUUAGCUGCUUCCUUAUGAGGGCUCUGAUGCAGCUGUUGGGCUGGCGCCAGACUCACCCGUGUGCCACACAGAGGUGUUUGUGUUGCACUGUCUGACCCCAGCCAUGCUGCAGCAGCCGCAGCACAGGAAGCUGCUCAGGAAAGCAGAAGUGCUGCGUUCCACAGUGCUGGGGCGGCUUUUGUUUUUAACCCCCAUUUCCUCUGUGGGGAUCGGCACUCGCUGAGCUGCCAUCCGCAGCCUGAUGCUAGGUAGGGUCCUCUGCGCGGUACCAUGAACACCACCCACUCCAGGCUGUGAUCGGGCAGAGACAGGAGGGCCCCGUGUCCCCACUGCCAGGCUUCGGCUGCCUCCUGAGGUAGAUGGUGGUUUGUGAACUGUGCCACAGAGCGCAGUGGGGAGCCAACACAGCCCGUUGCUCAGGGCUUGAAAGAGAAAGAAGGGACGUGGAGGGCCGAUGGCUGAUUGGAGUGUGCCACUCAGCACCCUGGGGGAAGCCGCCCUGGCCAGGCUCUCUGAGCUCCUGGACAGCUCCAGCCGGAGCUGGCGAAAGCUGGCUGAAGUUGCUGGUGCGGAGAAACGCUUCAAAUUCAGUGAGGAGGAGCUGGAGGUAUGUUCCCUGAAGGUCCUGGAGGCCCGUGGGAGCCCCAGCCAGCACCUCCUGCAGCUGCUGUCUGAGCGAGACUGCACCCUUAAGUACCUGCUCUGCUGCUUAGAAAAGAUGGGACACACCGAGGCCUUCCAGUUUGUCAGCAGUGUUGUCCAAGAAUUCAUCCGGAUCACGGUGCAGCCAGAAUCCCAGGUGGUUACAGAAGGGACUCGCGUGUCCUUGUCCUGCUGGGCAAGCGGGCCACCUGGACUCAGCUACCAGUGGUUCUGCGGGAAGCAUGAGGUACCCGGUGCCACCUGUCCUGAGCUGGUGAUAGACCCAGCUACCCUGCAGACCCCGCCUGCCUGGUACAUCUGCCGAGUGAACUGUGGGACCAGCUUUUCCUUCUCCAAAUGGGCCCGGGUUCAGGUCAAGAGAAGAAGCAGCCCAGCCUCAGCAUCCUCUCCAGCAACCGGCUAUUGCCCAUCCAUGGUGGGAUUGCAGAUCCUCCAGCAGCCCCAGCCCUGCACCCUGGAUGAAGGGAAAACCCUCCAGCUGCGGUGUAUGGCCAUUGGGAACCCCCCACCCCAGUACCAGUGGUUCCGAAAUGGGAGUGUGAUCGAGGGGGCGCGGGACCCCUGCUUCCAGGUGAAGCUGGUGACAACUGCAGAGAGAGGCUGCUACUCCUGCAAAGUGUUCAACCUCUUCCAUGAGGUGUGGAGCAAGGAUGUGGAUGUGGAGAUUGGACCACGGUUGUUCACCUCCGGGACAGGCUGGCAGGAGGGAGAGGCUGGGACUGUCCCAGAGCAGGGUGGCCACAGCCAGCUGUAUGCCACAGACAAAGUGGCCCUGCUGAUAGGAAACAUGACCUACCUACAUCACAAGCACUUGAAAGCCCCCAUGGUGGACGUGCAUGAGCUUACCAACCUGCUCCGCCAGCUGAACUUCAAGGUAGUCUCCCUGUUGGACCUCAGCAAGGCCGAGAUGCAGAUGGCUGUCAACGAAUUCCUCCUCCUCCUGGACAAGGGCGUAUACGGCUUGCUCUACUACGCCGGCCAUGGCUACGAGAACUUUGGGAACAGCUUCAUGGUCCCUAUAGAUGCGCCGGGAUCCUACACAUCGGAGCACUGCCUGUGUGUGCAGAGCGUGCUGCAGAGCAUGCAGCAGCGACAAACUGGCCUCAACAUCUUCCUGCUGGACAUGUGCCGCAAGAGGAACCUGAAUGACGACAUCAUCCCGCAGGUGGGAGCGCUGCAGGUCACGGCCAACAUUGUGUUUGGCUAUGCCACAUGUGCGGAUGCAGAGGCCUAUGAGCUCAGCCAGGGAGAGCUCUCCAAUGGGAUCUUUGUCAGCUUCCUGAAGAGGUGGCUGCUGGAGGAUGAGAAGAUCACAGUGCUGCUAGACAAGGUGGCUGAAGACAUGGGAACCUUAGAGAUCACCAAGGGCCGGCAGGCGCUGGAGCUACGGAGCAACUUAUGUGAGAGACGAGCCCUCACCGAUCCAAUUAAGCCAUCUGAGGGCCCGGAGGAAGUCUCUGUUAGGAACUUGCAAUGGGUCAAGGCUCACGUCCUCCCAGAAAGCCGAUACCUUCAGUUUGACUGCGGGGUCAGAGUGCAGCUGGGCUUUGCUGCCGAGUUCUCCAACAUCUUGAUCAUCUACACGCACAUAGUGGUGACACCGAAAGAGAUCACAAGGUGUGAGGCAAAGCUUACGGACAUCCCGGAGGAGCUGGAUGUGGAUUUGAAGUUCACCAACAAGGAGAGCCCAGAGGAGGUGGGGAGCACUCUCCCCCAGGCCUCAAGCACCCACUUCCCAGACUGCUGCCUCUACAGCCGGCUCUGUGGCCUGCAGAAGCUGAAAAAGGAACUGACCUUCACCAUUUGCCUGCAGUACCAAUACCAAGGAAUUGAUGACUUUAUUGAGGAGAGCCAGUCAGUAAAUAUUGGGAAGCCGCUGAUUGCAAAGCUCAACCUCUGUGUCAGUGAUGGGCCAGGGGCCUUCGCCAGUGCCCACUCUCCACUGGUUGGCAUGGAUGUGUGUGCAGAUGUCUUUACUGGCUCUUUCCAAAGCACUGGGGAGACCUCACAGUCGCCGGCUGCUUCUGAUACCUGCAGGAGUCUCCCUUCUGGCUCCCAUGUUGGCAGCUGGUGUGGCGAUGACACCCAGUGGGUGAACACCCCAGAGGAGAACCUGAGUCCUGAGUUCCCAGCCUCUAAUUCUGUGUAGAUCUUGCCAUUUGGCCGAAGGGUCACCUCAGCCUCUCCAUCUAAGUGAGGACAGAGCUACACGCUGGAUCCUUCCCCUGAACAUUGGAACAGAGCCAGGCCCUGGGCCUCUUCAUUGAAAAUAAGGAUUGGAAGGGACCUCAGGAGGACAUCGAGUUCAACCCCCUGCUCAAAGUAGGACCAACUAGAUCAUCCCAGCCAUGAUUUUAUCUAUCUGGGUCUUAAAAACCUCUUGCUCAGGCCAUUGGCACAACCAUGGAGCUGCCCAAGAAAGAAGCCUCUGGAUUUGUGUCUGAGGACUGGAAAGCCUGGCAGUGACCAUGUAGGUUGACCUACCUGGCACAGGCCAGAGACCUGCACCCUGCCUCAUGCCCAGGACUUUCUGCUGGCCCACGCAAGGUAUUAAAGAGAGAAUGCUGUGUCCGUAGCAGCAGUCCCCAUACAGGCUCCUCUGUAUGGCGGUCACAGGGAGCUACAUGUAGCUCAUAGAGAAAAUAAAGGUACAACCUUCUAUAAAA